GCCCCUCUAGCCUCUCCCGCCGUGCCCUCAGUGGUGGUGGGGAGGAGCGGAAGUCGGCCGCCGGGUCGCCGAGCUGCCGACGCCGGCGAGGGGAGCGCCGCGCAGAUUCUUAUUCAGUGGGUCUGGAGCCCAGGCCAAGACACUGCAUUUCGAGCAAGUUCCCAGCUCCUGCCAGCACUGGUCCCUGGACAGUAAGUGGUAGUGCAUUUCUGGCGGCUAAUUAGAGAAGGUGUCAGAUGGUGAUUACAGAAGAAUGUAGCACCGUGCAUCAGGUUCAGGGAGCAACACGAAGCUGCCGGACUGCUGCUGCAAGAAAGGCGACCAGCAUAUGACCUAACAGAGAGCUCUCAAGACCAAAUCAAGCAGAAGUUGGCUAGAAUCAAAAAUGAUGGAUCCGUGUUCCGUGGGAGUCCAGCUCCGUACCACGAAUGAGUGCCAUAAAACCUACUAUACUCGUCACACAGGUUUCAAGACUUUGCAGGAAUUGUCGUCAAAUGAUAUGCUUUUACUUCAGCUUAGAACUGGAAUGACACUUUCUGGGAACAAUACAAUUUGCUUCCAUCAUGCAAAAAUCUACAUUGACAGAUUUGAGGAUUUGCAGAAGUCAUGUUGUGACCCAUUUAACAUCCACAAAAAACUAGCCAAAAAGAAUUUGCAUGUAAUUGACUUAGAUGAUGCCACUUUUCUGAGUGCGAAAUUUGGUAGACAGCUUGUGCCCGGUUGGAAGCUCUGUCCGAAGUGCACACAGAUAAUCAACGGAAGUGUGGAUGUCGACUCUGAAGACCGGCAAAGGAGAAAGCCUGACUCAGACGGAAGAACUGCUAAAGCUUUGAGGUCGUUACAGUUUGCAAACCCAGGAAAGCAAACGGAGUUUGCUCCAGAAACUGGUAAAAGAGAGAAAAGAAGGCUUACAAAGAAUGCGCCCGCUGGCUCAGACAGACAGGUGAUACCAGCGAAGAGCAAAGUCUACGACGGCCAGGGCCUGCUGAUCCUCAGCGGCAUGGACCUCUGCGACUGCCUGGACGAGGACUGCCUUGGCUGCUUCUACGCCUGUCCCGCCUGCGGCUCCACCAAGUGCGGCGCCGAGUGUCGCUGCGACCGCAAGUGGCUGUAUGAGCAGAUCGAGAUUGAAGGAGGGGAGAUCAUUCAUAACAAACACGCUGGCUAAUCUGUGGCAUCAAGUUACGGAUCUUUGCAGGCCCUUCUCUGGUUCUAAAAUUCUUCCAUUCUCAGCUACAUUUUGAAGUUGAUUGCCCAGUGACAGAAAUUCGAAGACGCUGCAUGUCUCAGCGUGCGUUCAUUGCGUUUGGGGGCUUUAGCCUUCAUUAUUGGAUGUGAAUUCAGGUGGGCCCUUCCUCAGCAGUCAGCCCUAAGCCUGUCAGGGUCAAUGUAAAAAGUAGGCUCUAGGCAUUCCUCAGUUUGCACAGUUCCCCGUCCACAAGUCUCGAUGGCAGUGAUUUAGGUAAAUGACACCAGUGCCCUGAGAGCACAGUUCGAGUCUCAGCCACCACAGUGUAUGGACUGUAAUUACGUGACGUGCAAACCCCCUGCGGGCUCUUCCGUGUGCCGGUCACUGUGUGAGUAGCAGAUGUGCUUCAGGACCGGGACCAGUCCCGUCCUCCUCUCAGACUCUGCCGGUGAUGGGCCGCACCUCUGCUACUCAGCGUAUUCCCAGACAGCAAAGCACAGAGUGUGUUGUCUCUUUGUCACCCAUGUGACAUUUUACAAAAGUAGAUAAAACCUGGCCAAGAAAUAUGAAAGUGCAGCAAAGAAAUGAAAAAUGAUAGCGCCAGAAGGGAGAUUUGACCAAAACUGGAGGUGCGGAAGAAAUCGCUGACAUGGGGCUUUGGCCCUGCUGUCCUAGAGGCCCUGGCAGGGCAGCAGGGGGCUCAGGGAAGGCAGACUCACCAGCGGAAGGAGGGGAGUGGUGGUGAUGAAAAGGGUGAGCAUGUCCCAGAGGCCGUGAGGGUGAGACCCCCACAUUAGAGGGGUCGCAGAAAUGUCGCAGGCCUUGGUGGAAGCUCAUCCAGAGAUAAAGGAGCAUGACAGUUGGCCAUGGUACAGAAAAGACGCUAUGCAUUGUAGGUUAUUUCACCAAAACAGAAGGCAAGUGCUGUUCAAACUAGUCUUGAUUAGCUUUUUACAAUGAGAUAGCACUCCAAAUUCUCAGUGAUUCUAAUGUUUUAAGUUAUGUUGUCCUAAAAUACCUUUUACAAUUUUUUCAGUUUCUUUUACAUUUAUAACUGACAAUAAGAGUUUUUAAUAUUUGGACAGAUUUUUAAAACUCACAGAACAAUCAUAAUUUUCCCCAUUGAAGGUUAAGAUUGCUGUGAAUGGCCAUUUUUGUGGUCGCACGCUGCCCUGUAAGGAAGGAUGGCCUGUGGCUGAGAACAGUACCCACUUCCGGGAAAAUUAAUUUUGACGCAACUAAGUGGUUGAGUGUUAAACUAUUUUGGGGAUAAUCUACAUAUCAAAGCGCUAAAAUAUAUCAAUUCUCCCCACUUACUCUUCAAAAAUAAAUAUUUCAAUACUGUAAACCUUUUUCAUUGUUUCUAACAUGUAUUCUUGGUGAAAAUUUGUUCUUGGUGGUAAAAAUCUUACUCUUUCUCUAUAUAAAGCACAGAUAUACACACAAUACAUACACAGAUAUACAUUGUAUCUGUGAUACUGAAAUUUUAUAAAGUGUUGAUUAGGAUUAAAAGGACUAAAUAAAGCUCCUUAUGGGAGGAAUAAAUUUUUUUUAAAAGGUUGAGAAGCAGUAGCUGAGACAGUAUCAGUUAUCUGGAAGUUGAAUCUUGACGUUGGAGUUUGUACGGGUGCCGUUAGGAGGGUGGGGCCGAAUGAUCGCUUCUUCUCUUAUUUAAGACAGCUCCCUGUCGCUCUGUUUAAAAUCUUUCAUCACCUAGGACAUUGCCACUCAACUGGGGCUUUGUUUUCCCUGAAUAGAGUUUAAUCAACUGAACUUUCAACAAUUGGAAAUAUUUUGUAGCCAUUGAAACUGAAUUUAUAGAGCUGAUUUGAUUAAAUUGCCCAGUAGAGGUUGAUUUUUAUUCCUGUGCAUUUUGGUGUCUGUUUAAAAUGACUGGUUCUGCUUUGACGGAAUGCCAUUUUCAACAUGAAAUUAAAUGUCAUUUUUAAGUUAUAAUCGUUCACUGACGUUAUCAGAAGUACAGUUAAUCAAUUUUUUGAUCCAUGUGUUUCAACAGAGCACUAGCAAAAAGAAUAUUUUAGAUUUUUUUAAGGAUUGGCACUUGAGCUAACAACUAUUGCCAAUCUUCUUUUUUUUUUUUUUUUCAUUCUUCUUCCCACAGCCCCCCAGUAGAUAAUUGUGUAUUCUAGUCAUGAGCCUCUUGGCUGUGCUAUGUGGGAUGCUGCCUCAGUGUGGCCUGAUGAGCGGUGCCAUGUCCGCACCCAGGAUCCAAACCAGUGAAACCCUGGGCCACUGAAGCAGAGCGCAUGAACUUAACCACUCGGCCAUGGGGCCGGCCCCUAUUUUAGCCUUAUAUACUUAAAUCAAAUGCUAGAUUUUUUUUUUCUGAAUUAAGGAAGUAUUUUGUUACAGAGGAUACAAACACAGACUCCAGUUUUACCUGAACUUCCAGGAUCAUUGGACCUUUUCACUUGCCAUUGCUACCAUCAUUGCUGUUGCUUCUGAGUAUGAUUUAGUAUAUUGCUUAGUCUCUUCACAGGGACAAAUUAAAAUCUUAGAUUCUUUUGUUUAAAACAGGAAUAUCUUUUCAAUGGAAUAAAUGGCUUUAAAAUUCAAAUUGUUGUAGUUCAGCAUUCCUUAGAACAUUUCUCUGUUGUCUUUUUUGUUUCUUCGCAGGAAAGAUUGGCCCUGAGCGAACAUCUGUUGCCAGUCUUGCUCUUCUUUUUACCCCUCCCCAAAGCCCCAGUGCAUGGUUGUAUAGCCUCGUUGUAAAUCCUAGUUCUUGUGUGUGAGCCACUGUCACUGCACAGCCACUGACAGAUGGGUGGUGUGGUUCUGCGCCUGGGAAACAAACUCAGGCCACUAAACUGGUGAGAGCACAUCAGAGCUGGCUCAUUUCUCUUAGUUUUGAAAGAUGGUAGUAAUUAAGUUUUUCAAGGGAUAAUUUCUUGAAGAACAAUUUUGCUAAUAUUUGUUCAUUAUGCUUAUUUAGGAGAUCAAAUUUUUAAUGAGCAUGCAGAAUGUUUACAGAGAAAGGUAUAUCUGAUUUAGAGUAGGCUGUAAUAAAGCUGUGUUUUGGAAAAGUUAUAUCACAAGUCCACUUAGUGUUUUUAAUACAAAAUUACAGAAAUUUAGAAUACAAUUUAUAUUUUGCAAAAGUAUGAUGCAAGGUGGAUAAAUUGUUUUAGAAUGCUAUUAAUCUAAAAAGCAAAAAUAAAAGUUAAAUAAACGCUUAACUUCUGCUGUAUUGGGUCCUACCAGUGGAGAAGUCGAUGUAAGGGCACAAGCAUUGGUCUCGCACACUGUUGGUCACAAAUGCUAAAGUAAAAUGCAUGUAUAUAUUUGAAUAAAAUAAAUGGUAUCCCACGA